UGAGCUGCCCCGCCCCCACGUGGGCCCCGGGGGCACUGGAACGCAGAACUGCGGUGGCAGGAGCCGAGGCCGUGAUCUCUCCGGGAGGCAGAGCUGAGCAGGCAGCACACACCCCAGGAGCCUCUGUCCCAAGCAGCUGAGUGUCCUUGGCCCCUGUCCCGGCCCACACCAUGCAGCCCCAGUCCGUUCUGCACAGUGGCUACUUCCACCCGCUGCUCCGGAGCUGGCAGACAGCCAGCACCACCCUCAAUGCCUCCAACCUCAUCUACCCCAUCUUCGUCACGGAUGUUCCUGAUGAUGUGCAGCCCAUCAACAGCCUCCCAGGAGUGGCCAGGUACGGAGUGAACCGGCUGGAGGAGAUGCUGCGGCCCCUGGUGGAGGAAGGCCUACGCAGCGUCCUGAUCUUUGGCGUCCCCAGCAGAGUCCCCAAGGACGAGCGGGGCUCUGGCGCUGACUCGGAGGACUCCCCGGCUGUGGAGGCCGUCCGUCUGGUGAGGAAGACCUUCCCCAGCCUCCUGGUGGCCUGUGACGUCUGCCUGUGCCCCUACACCUCCCAUGGCCACUGCGGGCUCCUGGGUGAAAAUGGAGCAUUCCGGGCAGAGGAGAGCCGCCAGCGGCUGGCAGAGGUGGCCCUGGCCUACGCCAAGGCAGGGUGUCAGGUGGUAGCCCCGUCAGACAUGAUGGAUGGACGCGUGGAAGCCAUCAAGGAGGCCCUCCUGGCACACGGACUUGGCAACAGGGUGUCAGUGAUGAGCUACAGCGCCAAGUUUGCUUCCUGUUUCUAUGGACCUUUCCGGGAUGCGGCUCAGUCAAGCCCAGCUUUCGGAGACCGCCGCUGCUACCAGCUGCCGCCCGGAGCGCGAGGCCUGGCCCUGCGAGCAGUGGACCGGGAUGUACGAGAAGGCGCCGACAUGCUCAUGGUGAAGCCGGGUAUGCCCUACCUGGACGUUGUGCGGGAGGUGAAGGCCAAGCACCCUGAGCUCCCGCUCGCCGUGUACCACGUCUCUGGAGAGUUCGCCAUGCUGUGGCACGGGGCCCAGGCCGGGGCAUUUGAUCUCAAGGCGGCCGUCCUGGAGGCCAUGACCGCGUUCCGCAGGGCAGGAGCCGACAUCAUCAUCACCUACUACACACCGCAGCUGUUGCAGUGGCUCAAGGAGGAGUGACGGAGAAAGUGUGCCAGACCCAAGAACUGGAACUUGAGACAGUUCCCGGGGCCUUGGCAAAGUGGAAACCAAAGUAAAUGCUGCUUUUAGAACUGUG